UGCAAAUAUGAAAAUUUGAAGUGACGUGAAUUUUUAGCCAGCUAAAAUAAAGUACAGUGUGCUUUUUAUUUUAUUUUAUUUUUUUUUAUUUUAGCAAGUUAUAGUAAUGAAUCCACCAACCCAAGAUGUCCAUAAUUUUGUACAAUCCCACGUAAUGCAUAAUGGAAGACAACUACAAUACAUUCGAUCAUGUUUUGCAGCUAUUGCGGGAUCAGCAGCUGGUAUUUUGGGCCUUACAAAUCUAUCCGGUUUUCUAUUUUACGCACUUAGUUGGUUCAUCUUGUCAGCUUUAUUAAUUACCAGGACAUCAGGAGGAAAAGCUUAUUUUGUAAAUGGUUAUAAAGACAUUGCAUUUAAUGGUAUAUUUAGUGGCUUAUUAUCCUAUGUCUUAUUUCAUACUUUGCUAUAUGGUCUUGUUCACUUGUAUCAAUAAUAAUAAUAAUAAUAAUAAUAAAAAUAAUAAUAAUAAUAAAU